GUAUAUACAAGAGGAUUGUUGCAAUAUUGGCCGAGAAAACAACAAGCCCUAUUGUAGGGUUAUGCAUUGCCCUGCUACGAUCUUCAAUCAUGUGCCUUCGUGGAUCAAGAUCCGCCCUCCAUCGCCCUGCUCACUCUACCGCCUUGGCUGACAACAUGGAUCUGGCAGGUGACUGAGGGGUUUUUCUCAAUGGCUGAGGUGACGUGUGACAAGUGUGACAAGUUUUACGUGGACCCUCGCAUGCUGCUAUGUCUCCAUUCCUUCUGUCUCGAGUGUCUGGAGAAGGAACUGGAGACUCAGGAGACCCAGAGCAGUCUCCACUGCCCCAGCUGCAAGGAAAAGGUAACUCUAACCGAGAACGGAGUGUCUGAUAUCCCUCGAGACCUACAUAAGGCUAACGAGGCCAAUAUUGCACGCAUUCGCGAGAAAGUCGAAGACGCAGAUGAUUUUUGCGAUAAUUGCGGGAAAACUGAUAGCACAGGGAAGGCAGUCGCAUACUGCAUCGAAUGUGAAGAUUACUUGUGCAAAUUUUGUGAAGGGAAACAUGGUAAAAGAAGAAUAACAGCUGAUCACAGCUUGAUUACCAUUGGUGAUAUGUCUGCCAAAGCAUACACACCCACCUCGAUGGGCAAGUUUUAUCAACCACAAAUGUUCUGCCAACAGCAUAAAGCUCACCCUCUUGACACCUACUGCAAAGAAUGCCAGGAAUUAAUCUGCAUCGCUUGCAUGAACUUUGACCAUGACAAGCAUCGCGAACAGUGCAAACACAUCGAGAGAGUAGCAAAGGGAGAAAUUGAAAGCCUUCAAGCUUAUCAAGGGGACAUAGAAACAGCAGUAGCUUCACUAGAUACAGCUAUAGCCAAAUGUAAGGAGAACAUAGAAAAGGUGGAGGCAAGGAAAAGGGAAGUAGAUUCUGCCAUCACCAACAGCUUGGAGCAGGCACGUAAGGCUCUUCUCACACAAACCGAGGCAAUUCGCUUUAGCAAACGAGCAGGUCUUGAAGCACAAGUGGAUCAGCUUCAGAGGGUACGCGAUGGUCUGUCAUUUGCCUUCAAGAUGAUAGCUGACACCCAGUCCCACAGUCCUGCUCACCUGCUAUCUACAAAAAGUGUCCUAGCAGAGAGAACAGAAAAUAUGCAAAGGGAAUAUCAAGUUUCCAACUUGUCUCCAUCCCAGAGUUCCAAAUUUUUAACUGAUAUUUCCGACCAGCCUAUUAUCAACAAGAUAAUUAGCCUGGGCUGGGUAAUAUGUGGGGGGCAUCCCGCCUCUAGCACUUGCAAUGCUGGGUAUUUGCCACGUGCAGUUGUAGGUGUACCACGUACCAUCAAGGUGGUAGCCCAUGACAAGCAGGGGAAAGCACUUGAUAAAGGAGGAGAUGAGGUGGCAGCUAAGCUUGUUCAAACAGUCUCCCAAUAUCCCCCUAUCACCGGUGAGACUAUUGACCAUGGCGACGGCACCUACUCUGUGUCCGUCACCCCAGAGGCAGUCGGGGAGCAUGAGUUGCAUGUGACUCUUGAUGGCCUCCAUGUAAACGGCAGUCCCUUUAAGUAUAGCAUCACAAAUCCCAGAGCACCUGCUUAUACUGCAUUGUCUGCUCAGUAUCCCAGCAUUAGCACCAGCACUCCAUACGAUGUGGCAUUAACAGAGGAGGGACAUCUUGCAGUAGCAGAGUAUGGCUGUCACACUGUCUCCUUGUACUCUGUGACAGGCCAGAAGAUUCAUCCCUUUGGUACAGCAAACAGUUAUGGGAGUGGAGAUGAACAGUUCUAUAAUCCAUCAGCUGUAGCCAUCAGAGGCGACCUAAUGUACGUCUGUGAACAGACCAACAAUAGAGUCCAGAAGUUUAGCAUUAAACAGAGAGCUUUUAUUUCCAAGUUUGGCACAAGUGGAGGAGGUAACAAUCAGUUUUUAAAUCCUCGCGGUAUUUGCAUUGAUCCUGAAGGAAAGGUGUUCAUAGCUGACUAUGGAAACAAUCGUAUCCAAGUCUUCAAUAAAGAUGAUAGUUUUGCCUAUUCCAUCCCCUGCCAGGGCAACCCCUGGGGAUUAGCUUUUGAUCUUCAGGGACAUCUUCAUGUUGCUGCAAGGAGCUUAAACUGCAUCAAUGUCUUCAUACCAGAUGGAACUCUAGUCACUAGCUAUGGUAGUGGGACUAUCAGUACACCUGCUGGCAUUGCCAUUGAUGCUGAAGGCUACAUUGCCAUUGGUGAGAAUGGUGGAUAUAAUCGUCUCUGGAUCUACAAUCCUGACCACACACCUGUACACACAUUGUCUAACCAAUUCAAUGGCGGUGGUAAUGGAAUUGCUUGUGAUGAAAACAACUCUUUUUGGGUGGCUGACUACGGCUACAACCGCUUUGUCAAAUACUGAUAUAUAGGAAACUCUGACACAGAAACACACAAACUUGUAUAACGAGCACAGCAACAAUUUCGGAUAUUUACAGAAUACCAGUACGCUACUUACACCAAACAAUACUUGGAAAACCACUGAAGCAUCUUUAAGAUAAACGAUAAACCUAACGCUGAAUAAUAUGUAGCUAUCUCACUUUACAUUAUGUAGCAAUUUUUUUUUUAAGUCAGAGAAACAGCAGCAGUGUGUAGCAC